CGCCUCGCGCUUCCCGCUGGGCCACUGCACGGGUUCCAGGCGGCCCAGGGGCGACCCUUCGUUCUCCCGGCGCCUGCUGCCCCUCGUCUUGCGACUCAGGGGUCCGGGCGGGCCAUGGCCACGGCCACUGUGGCAGCAGCAAGACGAGGCUUCUGCCGAGCCCCUCCGCUUCUCCUCCGGCGCGGUUACCAAACGGAGAAGGGCGUUUAUGGCUACCGGCCAAGGAAGCCCGAGAGCCGGGAGCCCCGGGGCGGCCUGGCGCGCCCUCCAGUUGAUCAUGGUCUUGCCAGAUUGGUGACAGUAUACUGUGAACAUGGUCAUAAAGCUGCCAAAAUCAACCCCCUCUUCAGUGGACAAGCCUUGCAGGAGAACGUGCCUGAGAUCCAAGCUCUUGUACAGACCCUUCAGGGACCCUUUAAUACCACAGGAUUAUUAAACAUGGGGAAGGAGGAGGCCUCUCUUGAGGAAGUACUGGCCUAUCUCAACCAAAUCUACUGUGGGCAAAUUUCUAUUGAAACCUCCCAACUUCAGAGCCAGGAGGAGAAAGAUUGGUUUGCCAGGCGAUUUGAGGAACUGAAGAAAGAGACCUUUAGCACAGAAGAGCGAAAACAUCUGUCAAAACUAAUGCUAGAAUCCCAGGAGUUUGACCACUUUUUGGCCACCAAGUUUGCUACAGUGAAGCGGUAUGGGGGUGAAGGAGCGGAAAGCAUGAUGGGCUUUUUCCACGAGUUGCUGAAAAUGGCAGCCUACAGUGGGAUCACAGAUGUGAUUAUUGGCAUGCCCCACAGAGGGAGGCUUAAUUUAUUAACAGGCCUUCUGCAGUUCCCUCCAGAGCUGAUGUUUCGUAAAAUGAGAGGCUUAAGUGAAUUUCCGGAAAAUGUUUCAGCCACUGGAGAUGUCCUGUCUCACUUGACCUCCUCGGUUGAUCUGGAUUUCGGCGCGCACCAUCCCCUCCACGUGACCAUGCUGCCUAACCCCUCGCACCUGGAAGCCGUCAACCCCGUGGCGGUGGGGAAGACUCGGGGAAGGCAGCAGUCUAGGCAGGAUGGGGACUACUCCCCAGAUAGUUCUGCUCAGCCUGGGGACAAAGUCAUUUGCUUACAGGUUCACGGUGAUGCAUCUUUCUGUGGUCAGGGGAUUGUUCCUGAAACAUUUACGUUGUCUAGUCUCCCACAUUUCAGAAUAGGUGGGAGUGUUCAUCUGAUUGUCAAUAACCAGCUGGGUUACACCACUCCUGCAGAAAGAGGAAGAUCUUCCUUAUACUGCAGUGACAUCGGAAAGCUUGUGGGCUGCGCCAUCAUCCACGUCAACGGAGAUAGCCCAGAGGAAGUGGUCCGUGCCGCACAACUGGCUUUUGAAUACCAGCGCCAUUUCCGGAAGGAUGUGGUUAUUGAUUUGUUAUGCUACAGGCAGUGGGGCCACAAUGAACUGGAUGAGCCCUUCUUCACCAACCCGGUCAUGUACAAGAUCAUCAGAGCCCGAAAGAGCAUCCCGGACACCUAUGCAGAGCACCUGAUUGCCAAUGGACUCAUGACUGGGGAAGAGGUGUCAGAAAUCAAAUCCUCCUACUACUCGAAGUUAAAUGACCAUUUAACCAACAUGGCGCACUACAGCCCCCCAGCCACCAACCUGCAGGCGCACUGGAAGGGUCUGGUCCAGCCGCCAGCCUGCAUUAGCACCUGGAACACAGGUGUGGCCCUCGACCUCCUGCGGUUUAUUGGUGGGAAGUCGGUGGAGGUGCCGGAGGAACUCCAGAUGCACAGUCAUCUGCUGAAGACCUACGUGCAGUCCAGGCUGGAGAAAGUGAUGGAUGGAACAAAGUUAGACUGGGCCACGGCAGAAGCUCUUGCCUUGGGCUCAUUACUUGCUCAGGGUUUCAAUGUCCGUCUCAGUGGGCAAGAUGUUGGCCGUGGAACUUUCAGUCAGCGGCAUGCAAUGGUUGUUUGCCAGAAGACCGAUGAUACCUAUAUCCCUCUGAACCAUAUGGAUCCUGAUCAAAAGGGGUUUCUAGAGGUCAGCAACAGCCCGUUGUCAGAAGAGGCUGUCCUGGGAUUUGAAUAUGGAAUGAGCAUUGAAAGCCCCAAGUUGCUGACCCUCUGGGAGGCUCAGUUUGGUGAUUUCUUCAAUGGUGCUCAGAUCAUUUUUGACACGUUCAUCUCUGGAGGGGAGGCCAAGUGGCUCCUACAGAGUGGCAUUGUUAUUCUCCUUCCCCACGGGUACGACGGGGCUGGACCCGACCACUCCUCUUGCCGCAUAGAGCGUUUCCUGCAGAUGUGUGACAGUGUCGAAGAAGGGGUAGAUGGAGACACGGUGAACAUGUUUGUGACACACCCAACCACCCCUGCACAGUAUUUCCACCUGCUCAGGAGACAGAUGGUUCGGAACUUCCGAAAACCCCUCAUCAUUGCUUCUCCGAAGAUGUUACUCAGGUUCCCUGCCGCUGUGUCAACUCUUCAAGAAAUGGCGCCAGGAACAACAUUCAAGCCGGUCAUUGGUGAUUCAUCUGUGGAUCCCAAAAAGGUCAAGAGGCUAGUGUUCUGCUGUGGCAAACAUUUCUAUGCCCUGCUGAAGCAAAGAGAAUCCUUAGAGGCCAAGAAGCAUGACUUUGCCAUCAUCCGAGUAGAGGAACUCUGCCCUUUCCCACUGGAUUCGUUACAGCAAGAGAUGAGCAAAUACAAACACGUUAAAGAUUUUAUUUGGAGUCAGGAGGAGCCUCAGAACAUGGGACCAUGGUGCUUUGUUUCUCCAAGGUUUGAAAAGCAGCUGGCCUGCAAGCUCCGUCUUGUGAGUCGACCCCCUUUGCCAGUCCCUGCUGUAGGAAUUGGCACCCUUCACCUGCAGCAGCAUGAAGAUGUCCUCACCAAGACCUUUGCUUGAUGGUGUCCUUUGAAACAGUGUUACUUCCUUUUAAGAAAUAAGCAUGAAAAGAAAAGCCGGCUCCUUUGCUCUCUUCUUCCAUUAGGCAACAUGAAAAGUCUGUGUUCCUCUAAGACGUUGGGAUUGAUGAGGAACAUUUAAUUGGAAUACACAGAGUAACCAAGGGAAUUAUCCAUCAAUCCAUGAACCUGAUGAGUCACCUUAAUCCUUGAAGGUACAACAGUGUUCUGUUUUGAGUGAGUUGUAGAACCAGUGCCUUACCCAGACUUUUUCAGACCAUGUUUUCUAAUUAACUAUAUAUGCCCAAGAAAGUCUCUUUAAUUUGAAUUUACAGAAUUUACCUGCAGAUCACCUGGACAUGACUUCUCAAUUUGCUUGGUGUGUAUCACUUUCAUUAAUUUUACCAUUCUUUAUUCAGAGUCCUGUGACUACCAGUAUUUUCAUUUUAUGUGAUCUCAGGGGCUGCUUUCCAGCCGCGGUGAGAAAUGUUUCACCAAAUGCUGGAGCAAAGCUAUGCUAGUCCUUAUGGAUGUUCUUCAGAAGAGCUGUUUUCACCCACUGACCUUAAAUAUCCAUCCCAUUACAAAGGACUCGGGAUGUAUCAUCUUUUUGCACAGUAUUAUUAAGGAGUUUUAGCGACAUUGAAAUUGUUUGUCAUCAUAUCUUUUUUCACCCUAAAUUCUUAUUGCAGUGAUAUCUUAAUAUUUUUUAUUGACUUUUGGUGUCUGAUACGGGGAUUUCAGCUCCUGGUUAGUCAGUCUUGCUGCUAAAAGGGUAUGAUGAAGUGAUGUUCAUUUGUGGUGUUUAAGGAGCAUUUUAACUUUAACACUGAAAACUUCCAAGCACCAAGUUCUUAGGGGUUUACGGAGAUCACCAGCCCAUUGCAUUACCUCUUAAACUUCAUGGAAGCUUAACUACAGAGCAGCAAGCUGUGUAGCUUAAUGUCACUUGGUGCUUCAGGGGCUCUGCCAUCUUCCAUUCUGGUGCUAUGACAGUUUUUCUUCUAAAUAAUGGAGGAAGUGCUGGGGCACUGGAAUGGCCUCUCCCUUUUUUGGCGACUGGUAAAGUCUUUCACAAUCAACAUGUUGUUUGGGCCACAGGAGUAGAUUUGCAGUUCACAUCUUCAGUGUAUGCAUUAGUGUGUUGAUUUAAUGUUUCUGUAAUAUUCACAGCCCUUUUAUUCCUAUGCAUCUUAAUGCUUCCUUCCUGUGUCAAGCCUUAUAAAUCAUGUAACUCGGUGCCACGCAUGUAAAUCGGUAUAAUUACAAAGUCUAUCUAAUGAAAACGGUUAUCAGUGUUGUAUACUGAACUAGAAAAACAUGAAAGGCCUGUCAUUGUUUUCAGAUCUUGGUUUCUUGAGUUAAAAAUUCCAAAGUUGAAGCACAAAAUGAGAUGGAAAACUAGGGUUCUUUUUUUUGUUUUGUUUUUUAGAAGUUUAGAUUUCUUCUAAUUUCUCUGGUAUCUUAUUAUGUCUUCACCACCAUGAGCCAUGAAAUUGUCUUCUAAAAAAAAAAUGUGUCUUCUGUAUCUUAACCUUCUUACUCUCAAUCACUGUUGCAACACGGGUCAGCGUUUUUAAUUACGUUGUAGGAAAGGACCAAAUCAAAUACUCCCAUAAUAAAGUAUGGGAUAAAAAUAUCAUAGCAAAAUUAAUAAAAAACCUUUAUUGUAUUCCUCUGGGAAAUUUGAUAAUGUGAUAUUUGUAUCCCAAUUAUAUCUACGUUAAUUUCAUAUUCAAUGAAGAAUAGAGCUCAAAUUGUGUAUUCAUUGAAGAGAAGUAUUAACAACCGUGAAAAAAAUGUUGAUUUUGUCUAAAGUGACAUAUUCUUAGUAAAAUAAAAUUUUCUUCUUUAAGAAC